AUGAGCAACUUCGGGCAGAUCCUGAAGGAGGUCGGGGAGUUUGGUUGGUUUCAAAAACAGUUACUGGUUGCGUUAUGCAUCCCCUGCAUGUUUUCUGCUUUUGACGUGAUUGGCCAGGUGUUUAUAGGCAUGAGCUUUCCACAUCACUGCAACACUGACUGGAUCUUGGAGCGUGGGCCCAACCUGACGGGUGAGGAACAAAGAAAUCUCACCCUCCCGGUGAACAAGGAUGGGAAGUAUGAAAGUUGUAAAAUGUUCAGACCUGUGGAUUUGGAUUUGGAAACCACUGAAGCAUAUGGGCUUAACGAUACAAUUGGAUGCAUAGCUGGAUGGGACUAUGAGGUACCCAGAGGAGGUUCCAGCAUUUUGACAGAGUUUAAUCUGGUUUGUGACGGCAGUGGCUUGAUUGAGGCAUCACAGUCCAUCUUCAUGACAGGUUGUUUGAUUGGAGCGCUAUCGUACGGGGCAAUUUCUGACAGGUUUGGUCGACGCUUUGCGAUCCUGCUUUCACUCUCUCUUGUGACGCUGUUCGGGGUGGCCACUGCUUUCUCACCCAACGUCUAUGUUUACAUGGUUCUCAAAUUUUUCAGCGGGACUUCAAGUAUUGUCAUUGUGAUGAAUGCAUCUGUGAUGGCGGUGGAGUGGACGGAUUCCUCUAAGGCUGCUUUUUGCACAGGGGCCAUUGUGCUAUUCUUUUCUGUCGGACUGAUGGUGUUGUCUGGUGUUGCAUAUUUAAUCCCCAACUGGAGGAUCCUGCAGCUGGUGCUCUUCUGCCCUCUUCUCCUCGUUUUGGGACUAAACUACUGGUUCCUCCCAGAAUCAGCCCGCUGGCUCGUGACCCAUGACAGGAAAGAGGAGGCAAAAAAGGAGCUUCAGAAGGCGGCCAGGGUGAACAGAAGGAUGGUCACAGAUGAUCAGAUGGACAAGCUCCAUAUGGAGAGUAGACCUGAAAGAAGAAACAUGCUGGACAUCUUCCAGAUACCGUAUUUGAGAAAACGUACCUUCAUAAUGGCCUAUGACUGGUUUGCAGUAAGUCUUCUAUAUUAUGGACUGAGCCUGAACGUUGGCAGUUUUGGCCUGAACAUCUACCUCACACAGUUCAUCUUUGGUCUAGUCGAAGUUCCUGCAAACCUGUGUGGUUUGGCUCUAACUCAGCUCUUCGGAAGGAAAAUAUGUGAAGCAGGCUUCCUGUUCUUUGGGGGUGCUGCUUGCCUCGCGGUCCUUGCUGUCCCAAAUGAUCUUCCAGAGGUGAAAACGACCAUAGCCGUACUGGGAAAGUUUGCCUCUACUGCCGCUUUCAGCACAGCCUACGUUUACGCUGCAGAAUUAUACCCGACCGUUUUAAGGCACAGUGGCAUGGGUAUAAACUCCAUGUGUGCUCGUGUGGGGGGCAUCCUCGCUCCACUAAUCAGGCUGCUGGAGGUUUACCACUACACCAUCCCCAUGCUGAUAUAUGGCAUCAUACCCAUUGCUGCUGGUGGUUUCACCUUGCUACUGCCUGAAACCCUCAAUGCUGACCUUCAAGACACCACUGAAGUCAAGUAA